UUGCUAUGUUUGUUUUUAAUUUCUAAACACUUGUUUUACCAUAUUCUUGGAUGAGAGACCACAGUGAGUAUUUUUGGGAAUGUAUACUGUGUUUUAUCGUGUUUAUAGUUUGUCUAGACGGCUUAACAAUGAAAACAAAAAAACGUGUAUCAAAGAGUGGUCGAAGAAAAAAGCAGGGUAGCAGAAAAGUUGCGAAGAAAGUUGUGGACGCGUGGACAGAAGAGCAACUCCAGGAAGCGCUUCAAGAGUUCGAUUCUAUGCCGAAUGCAUCAGUCAGAGGCAUAGCAAAACGUCAUGGUAUCAACGAAUCUACGCUGCGAUUUCGUUUAAAAAAACGCAAGGAAGGAGCCAAAUUAGGAAAGUCUGGUCGGAAAUGUGUUUUCGAUGCAGAAACGGAGGCCCGGCUAGCUAAGUGCAUUGGUGUUGUAUGUAACCUUGGUUUUAGUCCUACGUUGGAUGAAAUUUUGGAUCUUGUUGCCGAAUACAUCAAAGUCACAGGGACGAUUUCACUUCAGUUUAAAAAUGGAAGGCCUGGUUUGGUGUGGAUAAAGAGCUUUAUGAAAAGAAACGGACUGAGUCACAAGAAGGCUGAGAUGAUUAGUACUGUCCGUAAAGCAAACACAUCCAAUCCAUUUAUAAUUUUUGAUUUCUACGAUCAAUUGGAACAGAUCUUCGAGAAAUACCCUAAUCUGGAUGCACAACGGAUCUGGAACUGUGACGAAAGUUCUUUUCCAACUGAUCCAUCAAAAGGGAAAGUUGUCUCCGUGAAGGGACAGCGUGCCCUUAAAUUACGGUAUGGCGCUGGGAGAGAAAACAUCACUGUACUCGGUGUUUGUAAUGCAGCUGAAGUGGCACUUGACCCUCUUAUUAUAUUCACUGGAAAAAAUAUGCAAAGUACGUGGUACGGGGACAAGGCUCUACCCAACACGUUUUACGCCAAGUCUGAAAACGGUUGGAUGGACACGGAAGUUUUUUCCACGUGGUUCGCCAAAUUCACUGAGGACGUAACAGAAAGACCAUUGUUACUGGUGUUUGAUGGGCACCUUACCCAUAUCAGCAUAUCUGUCAUUAAAAAAGCAUUGGAAGACGAUAUAAUUAUAAUGAAAUUCCCUCCACAUGUUACGGAUGUCAUGCAACCCCUAGAUGUUGCAUGUUUUGGACCCUUAAAACGUGCUUGGGAGAAGCGCCUCCAUUUACGCGUGACAACACAUGGUGCUAAAAGCCAAUUGACAAAGUCUGAGUUUGUCAAUGAACUCUGUUCCAUUUGGAAAGAUGGCAUGAAAAAAGAAAGCGUUAUCAAUGGGUUUAGGAGUACUGGAAUAUGGCCAAUUGACAGAACCAUGUAUCCAAAGGAACGCUUGGACCCAAGAUUGUUAGCGAAAUAUUAUACGUGGAAACAAAGUGGUAAAGCUCUUGAUUGGUCUAAAUUGUCAGACGGACAAAUCGAUGAAGCUGCGGGUCUUGCGCAAAAUCAAGUCUCGACAUCAUUACCACUGCCCGAAUUGCAAAACCAAGCAGAAUCUCCUUUAUCAAUAUCUUAUACCACACCUACAACCACCCCUAAUGUAAAUAUAACUCCAUCAUCUCUGCCAGGCGGAAGUCGUGAUGAAACUAAUGAGAUGAAUAUCUUGUUAAAGCGGCUUGGACCAUAUCCAUAUACAGCACCUACAGGCUUCUGCUGGAUUCCAAAUGGUUGGAAGUUGUCACCAAUUAACCAGUCCACCCCAAAAUCGACUGAGUUAUUUCCAUUGCACCUCUUUGAAAUUAUUGACGGUUGUAGUUCUAAUAUUCAAAAAGAUAAAAAAGGCACAAAUAGACUAAUCCAGACUACACCGCUACGUAAAUAG